CCCCCUCUCGAUAUUCUUGCCGCAUGCCCCCAUCCCCGCUCACUUCCGACGUGACAAGGUUUAUCGGUUCGAUCCAAGUAGACACGGGUUAACGUUGUUCUGACAUUCUUCUUCUUGUGGCAAAACAAAUGGUAUCACUCUUAUCCGUCGCCUCUAUUCCUCACUCUUUUUGUAUUCUUUGUUUUUCUGCUCUGAUUUUCAACAUAGCAUGUCCUUUUUGGCCUUGUUGAUGUUUCGUGAUGUAAUGGCUAACAAUUAUCAAUGUGCACGUAUUUCAGUCCGUGAUGUAAGAUACGCCAUGCCAUAACUGCCUGUGUCCAUUGGUUGUUCGUGCCCCAUGUUCGGUUGGUGACGGUGGUUGUGAUGGUGAUUGGUGUUUGUGGUGGUGGUACUGAUGACGGUAAUGGUAAUGGUAAUGGUGAUGGUGACAAUGAUGGACAUGGAGAUGGUGAUGAUGACGAUGAUGGUAACGUAAUGGGAACACAGGCUAGGA